AUGGAAAAAACAGAAAUUUAUGGCAAGAUCUCUUGCAUUGUUUAUGAUCACCUCACGUACUUCACAACUGAAGUGGCUGAUCAUCUUAAACUUCCCACAACUCUUCUUCGGCCUAGCAAGUCUCAACUGCUGGAUCCAGUGCCUAAAGUACCUCUCCUCAGGUUCAAGGAUCUUCCAUUCAUUCUCACUUAUGAAAUUCCAGAGCCUUUAUUACAAUUACUUGAAAAAGUUACUAACUUAGGAUCUUCUGUGGUUAUCAUUUGGAACACUAUCGAACACCUCGAAAAUCGAGCACUCUCAUGGCUUCAACAACAUUAUGAUCAAGUUCCUAUUUUCACAAUAGGGCAUUUGCACAAAAUUGCAUCCUCCUUGCUAACGAGUUUAGCAGAGGAGGAUGCUAGUUGCAUUUUUUGGCUUGACACUCAAGCCACGAAUUAUGUUCUUUAUGUAAGCCUAGGAAGUAUAGUAGUUAUGGAUAAAAAUGAGUUUAUUGAGACAGCUUGGGGAUUGUUUAAUAGAAUUCUAUAUUUUCUAUGGGUAAUUAGGUCAAAUAAUUCUAUGGGUGUUUGGAAUUCGAUUGAACUACUCAAUGGAUACUUGGAAGCAAUUGGAGAUCGUGGCCGUAUUGUGAAAUGGGCACCACAAAAAGAUGUUUUGUCACAUCGUGCAAUCGGAGGAUUUUGGAGUCAUUGUGGUUGGAAUUCAACAUUGGAAUGUAUUCUUCAAGGGGUUCCUAUGAUUUGUAGGCUGUGUUUUGGUGAUCAAAAGGUGAAUGCAAGAUACUUGACGCAUGUAUGGAUGGUAGGCCUUGAAUUAGGACCUGAUGAUUUGAGUAGAUAUGUUAUAGAGAGUACGAUAAGAAAACUUAUGGUGGACGAAGAAGGAAAACAAUUGAAAUAG